CUUGGGUAGGGCGAGUGGGCGACCGCCACAGCUCGACGGCAGGGUCGCCACUGCUGGCCAUCACCGACGAACACCACCACCGGCCGCGGACGAAGGGACAGCCAAGCCCUAUCCCACCGACGUCUUCCACCGUGGACACGCCCCCCCCCCCCCCCCCCCCCCCCGGCUUCCCUUUCCUGCCCUCUGCCGGGUCGGGUGGGACUGCAGCGGCGUGAAGUAGAGAUCCAGGGGGACUUGGAUCGUUUUAUCCGUUCCUAGGUCCUUCUUCCUAUUCCCAGCGCACAAGGCUAUCUUAUCCGAGCUGCUGGGGGUUGAGUGCGAGGUCCCGUUGACGGUGGAGAUGGACAAGUUGCGGCAAUUCGGGCGGAAGGCAUGGUUCAUCGUGCGUGUGAUGUCUGGUUACGAGGAGAAGAGGAUCCGGUCCUACAGGCUGCAGCUGCAGAAGCGCAUCGAGAUGGCACAAGCUAGAAAGGAAGAGCUGCAGAAACUGCCAGAAAAGGUUAUCUUGUCGGAGGUUCGUCAAGCAGUACAGAAGAUGCAAGCUGUAAAUCAGCAGCUUGACGAAGCUGAAGCUGCUAUCGAUGAGUAUUUUAAACCGAUUGACAAGAACGCCAAAAUCAUAGCAGAUAUGCAGUUAGAGAAAGAGGAAAAACAAACCAAGGAGAUGACAAAACUUAUGCAGGAACAGAUGAAAAUGCGAAGAGAAAUCAUGAUGACAAGAGCUGAGGCUGCAAGCGUCGAGUCCAGUGAUACUAAAGCGGGUGGAAAAGUGGCUAACAUCCCUCCGAAAUAAGACACUGGAAAAGUGGGAGUUAUUGUGCGUAUGUGCUAUAUGCUAGGAAAUAAGUGCGUACUUACAAUUAGACAAUCGCUAAUUGUGUGGUUAGCGAAGGCUAUUGUGCUGCUUCUUUCCAUUUCAUGUUUUAUCCACAUAAGCUUUGCUUUGUGCGAUAAUGUGCUCUGUCCAUUAACAUGUUACAUUUACUACAGCAAGUAUGUUGAGGUGCUGUGUCAGUUUAUUUUUUCUGGGGACUUGUCGAAUCCCGCAAUUCGAGGUGUCCAGCGUUUCAGAUUUGCUGCUGGAUGAUAAAUUGUUGAUUUUGCCUUACUCAUUUCUUCUGAGGUC